UGGAAAAGCACGGUUGCCUGCCAGGUGCCGAAAGGUGGCGGCUGCUAAACUACUGACUCGUGGCAGUUGUGUGGUGCAAACGAGCACCGAGUAAGCGCACUUACACAAACGCUGUUGCUGCCAAACUGGCCAAUCCGCGACGGGCGUGCAACACCUCAGCUCAACAGCAUCGCAAACAACUUCAAGAGCAACAUGAAUUAUAUUCACAGUUUCGUUUUAAUUUCAUUUGUAAUCGUGCAAUUCCCCUCGAGCAUCAUUAUGGGUAUAUAAGCAAGCGCUUCACCACCUGCUUCGUAGAGUCACUAUCGCACCUCGACAUCUCACCUUUACAAUGGCUCACACUACCAUUUCUCCUGCUAUUCUCUACUGGGGCACGCCAGUAGCUCUUAUCGCCUCCGAAAAUGAGGACGGCUCACACAACCUCUGCGCCAUAUCCUCUGCAUUUUGGCUCGGUGAUCGUUGCAUCCUUGGCUUCGGUGCCAGCGGCCACACUAUUCACAACAUUCGUCGAACAGGCCAGUGCACCGUCAAUUUGCCUGACGAAUCCAUGACUGCGUGUAUAAAUGCAUUGGCCACAACUACUGGGACACCCUCACCGUCCGCCUCAAAGCUCAAUAGAGGUUACCGUUUCGUCAAAGACAAGUGGUCGGUCGCCGCACUUACACAACAGCAAUCUAUCUCAGUCCGACCCCCUCGAGUGCUGGAGUGCCCGGUACAGAUGGAAUGCGAGUUUGCAGACAGUCAUGCUUUGAUGAAAGACGAACCUACUAUGGCGGGAAAUCUCAUCAUUGUCGAGCUCAGAGUGCGCCAGGUCCAUGUGCACAACACCCUUCGCAUGGCAGGCUACGCGAACCGCAUUGACCCUGACAAGUGGAAGCCGAUGAUCAUGUCGUUUCAGGAGCUUUACGGCAUAAAAUCUGGUAAACUGGGAACAUCUCAGUUAGCCAAGAUUGAUGAGGAAAAGUAUAGAAUCAAGCCUCUUAGUCCAGUGGCAGCCACCACCAGUCAACAAGACGACGAUGGGAGUAAGUCUGAGACCGGUGCGCGAAGCGAGGUGUUAGUCGCCGCCUAGGAUGUGAGACUAAACUUACGACGCAAGUUUCAAGUGUUAGAAAUGGUUUGAUUUUUAUGUGUAGGCCAAUAAAAAAUCAUGUAUAGACAAUGCAAAUAUUAUUUAGCAAAAUAAAAAAAAGAAUCAAAAAAAGACAACCACUCUUUAGAGUGGUGGCGGAUCUCUCCCGCCGGGAAUUGAACCCGGGUCUCGAGCGUGACAAGCUCGCAUACUGACCACUAUACUACGGAAGAUGGCAGGUGUUGAGCACCUGUUGUAG